AACCUACAACAAUGCGCAUCGCGCUCAUUGCACGUGUUUGAUUCAUUGUUUAUUCAUUCCUCAAAAAAUUUACACACAGUUGUUUAUUUGAGGAGUUCAAAUCAUUAAGUACAGUGCGUAGUAUUUAUAAUUGAUGUAAUUUUCCCGAAACAUCCGUUAAAUAAACAGCAAUGACUGAAGUAAUGCAACCCGCCGGGGAUGUGCUCUCCGAGAAGAAAAAGAAGAAAAACAAAGAGACUGUGAGUCUUGGUGCAUUUCAGAAGAUUGGCGAUUUUAAAAUAGAGCCUUCCGAAAGUGUAAGCAAGUUAGACACGGCUUACUGGCCAUUGUUAUUAAAGAACUUCGAUCGCUUGAAUGUGCGCACAAACCAUUAUACACCACUGCCGUUCGGUCAUUCGCCUUUGAAAAGACCUAUUACUGAUUACAUCAAGUCUGGUUUCAUCAACGUCGACAAGCCGAGCAACCCCAGUUCCCACGAAGUCGUAUCUUGGAUAAAACGCAUUUUGAAGGUUGAGAAAACUGGUCAUUCUGGCACACUCGAUCCUAAAGUUACUGGCUGCCUCAUCGUCUGCAUUGACCGAGCGACGCGACUAGUGAAGUCACAGCAGAACGCAGGUAAAGAGUACGUAGCUGUUUUUAGUUUGCAUUCUGCAGUAGAAAAUGUUAAGAAAGUCACUCAAGGUUUAGAAAAACUCAGGGGUGCUUUGUUUCAAAGACCACCCCUCAUAUCUGCUGUUAAACGUCAACUCCGUGUUCGCACAGUAUAUGAUAGUAAGUUGCUUGAUUUUGAUGCUGAACGUAACAUCGGUGUUUUCUGGGUGAGUUGUGAAGCGGGUUCAUAUAUACGUACUAUGUGUGUUCACUUGGGCUUGAUGCUUGAAGUAGGAGGACAAAUGAUCGAACUCCGACGUGUUCGAUCUGGAAUUCAAGGUGAAAAAGAAGGUAUGGUUACAAUGCAUGAUAUCUUGGAUGCACAGUGGGCAUAUGAGAACCACAAAGAUGAAUCAUACAUUCGUAGAGUUAUUAAACCCCUGGAGGGCUUAUUGAUAGCACACAAGAGGAUCUUUAUUAAAGACAGUGCGGUCAAUGCAGUGUGCUACGGUGCAAAAGUCUUGUUGCCUGGCAUUUUGAGAUACGAAGAUGGUAUUGAAAUAGAUCAAGAAAUAGUAAUAGUUACGACAAAGGGAGAGGCUGUAGCAUUAGCUAUCGCUCUAAUGACCACGUCGACCAUGGCAUCAUGUGAUCAUGGAGUAGCAGCUAAACUAAAGAGAGUUAUAAUGGAACGAGACACAUACCCGAGGAAAUGGGGUCUUGGACCAAAAGCAUCUCAUAAAAAGCAACUCAUAUCCCAAGGUAAACUAGAUAAACAUGGUAAACCAAAUGAAAAUACACCAGCAGAAUGGUUAAACAGCUAUGUCGAUUAUAAAGUUAAGAAAGAGAAUGAAAAUGGUGAAGUAGAAACAGAAAGUACUAGAAAAAGAACAGCAAGUACUGCUAAUGCUGAUGAUCCUAACAAUUCUACAGAAAUUAGGUCUGAAAAGAAGAAAAAGAAGAAGAAACGUGACUUAGAUGAAACUGUUGGAGGUGAUACAACCACAGAGGCUGCAGAUGUGACCACAGAAGGUGGUGAUGACUCAGUGCGUAAGGAAAAGAAAAAGAAGAAGAAGAAAGACAAAGAACAAGAAAGAACAGAAGAAUAAAAUAUAGAAUUAGCAUAUUAAUUAUAAGAGUUACAGUUUUUUAUAUUUUUGCCAUGGAAUAGAUAGAUUUCGAAAGAUAAUGUCUCACCAGUGAUAAGUGAGAGGUUUUAUAUAAUAAUGACCAUAAACAAUAUAAAUUCCAAAUGUGUAAUGUACAGCACAUCAGGGGUGCCACUGUCUAACUCUAGCCAUGAUUCUAGCUUUAGAAUAUGACAUCGCUUGUUAUGACAAUAUUUUGUAUCAUGUUACUACUUUGACAUUUCUUUUGCUGGAUAAAUUACAAAGUCGCAUCCAUAAUUAUAAUUCUUUAUCGUUCAUUCAUUGUUACGGAAGUACAUGUUAAAAUAGUAAAUUACAUAUCGCCAUAAGAUCACUAAGAUGUUGUAACCUAUGGCUAGAGUUAUACGGUCAUAAAAUGUCAAAUUUCCAUUUAAGAGGUGUUACACAUAAGUGAAUCUAACAUUUUUUCACAUUCUAUAAUUUCAUUUAUCAAGAAACAAUGAAUUAAGACACUGUUUAUCUAUCAACAAACUUCAAUUGUUUGAGAAAUUUGACAAUGUGAUGUUGACUGUAUUUGUAAUUCUUUACAAGGCAAUUAUUAUUUUAAUGUUUACCUUUAAGUAAAGUUGUAAAAGAAAAUAAAGUUAUGUACUAC